AUAUAUAGUAUUAUGUGUAUUACUCUUCACCAGGCCACAUUUCACUAUAGACCGCCUCUGACUGCAGUCGGCUUUUAAGCCCUUUUAGAUAAGAUUUUUCAUCAAAUACCAGGUUAUCGAAUUGGAGGCGGCCCUUCUUGAGGAGUGCACUCCAUCAGAGGUGUGGACCAUGGCGCAAGGAAGGUCGAUCCCGGACACUCUGAGGCCUGAGGUGUGGCAGGCAUGUCUGGGGGUGCAGCGGAAAGAAAGCCCCCUGCUCCACUUUUCCGAGAUAUACGAUUUGCCUGAACAGAGUGCAUUACGGUCCGAUUGCCAGCAAGCAGUUUCUAAAUUAGGCAACGAGGAUGAAGAUAAAGUAUCUGUGAUAUCCGACUUUGAGUCAAUUCUCACGUGCUAUUGCAAAUCGACGAAAUCCAAGUACGAAAAGGGGAAUGGCUGGAUCGAGAUACUGCUUCCACUUCUGUCUCUGAAAUUACCACGUGCUGAAACUUACAACUUGUUUGAUUCUAUUCUGCACCAGUACAUUCCACGGGGCUGUAUAAAGAAUGGACUUCCGUUCCAAUUGUUCCAUCUGCUGCUUCAAUACCAUGAUCCUGAAUUAUGUUCCUUUCUCGACACGAAGAGAGUCAGUCCAGAUCUUUACUGCUUACCAUGGUUUCAAAGUCUGUUUUCGUCCAAUUGCCAUCUUCCCGCCCUCUUGGCAAUGUGGGACCAUUACUUCCAGCUGGCCGAUCCGUUCUUUGUUUUCUACUUGGCUUUGGUGAUGCUUGUCAACGCAAGAGAACAGAUACUGUCGAUGAAAGAUGAUACCAAAGCUAUCGUCGUGGAUGCCCUUUCCAUGAUGCCCUGUGAUAUUGUCGCAGAAGACACGUCGGACUUUUGCACGCUGGCCCAGUACUACGCAACCAAAACACCCUCAUCAUUCAGAGCGGAGCUAAUUGAUGCAUUCUUCGGCCCAGAGCCACCGAUCCCUAAUGAAAAACUUGGCAUUGCCCAAGCUCUCUGCCUUCCUGUCUCAGCACAUGACUUGGUUUUCAACCCUGAACUGCCAGAGGGUGACGCUGUUAAAUUUUUCUUAGUUGACUGUCGGCCUGCGGAGCAGUACAAUGCAGGCCACUUGCCAACAGCAUUCCAUCUUGACUGCAAUUUGAUGUUGCAAGAACCUGCAAACUUUGCCACAGCAGUUCAGGGCCUUUUGGCUGUCCAGCAGCAAGCGUUGGCAUCAAAUUCAGUCGCAGGUGGUGACCACCUGUGCUUUUUGGGGUCUGGCCGAGAAGAGGAGGAUCAGUAUACCCACAUGGUGGUCGCUUCCUUCCUGCAAAAGCACACUACUUACGUCAGCAUGGUUGCUGGUGGAUAUUCAGCCAUUCACGAACUGGUUGAAGAAAACCCUGUAAUCAAGCUGGAGGAUCACAAUCCACAAAUUUGCGUCGGUUGCCUGAAAGAAAACAGUUUCCAAGUGCAAUCUAAUUCCAUGCAGACGUCAACAAGUUCAUAUGAAAUAUUUGGCAAGUUAAGUGCGGCGAUGAAAAGCAAAUCGGCUGAGGUCAAAGAAAAAUUGUUUGAGUACAUAGUGAAUCCAACCGGGAGCAAUGGUCAAACAGCAGACAGACACGUUCGCAGCUCGGACAAGGUCAGCAAGAGGUACAGGAACAUGGCUCCUGUCUUCAGUAUUGACGACGAUGACGCUGCUACUUAUAGCAACCCGCCACAUUUGCUAAGAAAUUAUGCAUCAAGUUUACACAGUUUAGAAGACGAGGCUGACCAAGAAGUAGUUUCAAUCCAGACCUGGCUGAAGAAGCCUGAUGUCGUGAAAUCAUUCAAAUGUCAUGAAGUUAAAAUGAAUGGCUACAUGUAUGAAAGUUAUCUCAUUGUCACUUCGAGUCACAUUUACGUUUUGAGAGAGAUCCAAGGGAAAAAAGGCCUAGCUAAUAUAGCCGUGAGGAGACCAGUGUCCUCUAUUGUCAGAAUCACAUCCAAGAAAAAGCAUCCAGAUUUGAUUACUUUCAAAUACGGCAUUUCCGAGGGGGACAAGCCAGUCAUCUCAGAUAUGGACAGGUUUUUAAUACCUGAAGCUGCUGAAGCCACAAAAGUCAUAUCACAGCAAAUUAUGAAGCAGCUUAAUGCAAGUUCUGCCUUGCCGAAAUAGCAGAUGGCUAUGGUUGCAGCAGCCAAUCUCAUCCAUCACAUUAAUUUUGUUAGGAAAUUCUGUUAUUCCUGUUAAUUUUUCAUAUUUUAAUUCCAAAACAUGCAUUUUACUAAUGUGAUUGUAUGGUGCCCAGAAUCUUGUAUUUUGCACUCCUUGCACAUGCAUAAGCGUUUUUGCUGAUUGGCAGUACAUACACACUGAAGAUAAUUGUCUGCGAACGAGAGUCUUAAUAUUUAGUUUGUUGUCAAAAGCAGCAAAUCCGAAGGCUGCAAUGGUUUAUUUAUUAAAAAAAUCUGGAUUAUGUAACUGUUUCAAAUUAAAAUCACUCGACAAUAGAA